CCACACGCUGGCCACACUAACACGCUCCGGUGUGCGUUUGUAAAUUGUGUUUUUUUGUUGGCGCCGGCAUUUCCUUACCAACAUGGAUCUGGUGGAGCUGCUGCAGCAGGCCCAGCGCCUGGCGAACGAGACCAAGAUGGACACGGAGAUGCCGGGCGUGGAGCGAACCAUGACGCAGGUGCUGCAGGCCACCCAGGAGCUCCACUCGCGUAUCACCCAAACGGGUACCAACGAUCUGCAGGCCCACAUACUGCUCGGCUCCAAGGGCGUGGACCUGCCCAAGCUGACGCAGAAACUGGAUACGCUGAGCGCCCGCCAAUCCUUCGAGCCACUCGAUCCCGUCACGGACACCGAUGUGCAGGGCUAUCUGAAGAACGAGCGCGAGAACGCCAUCCUGUCUGUUAUAGACGAAACGAAUCGCAGUAUUUUCGAGUCUGUGGAGCGGCAGAAGUGGCGCUGCAUCUACGCCGAGUGGGGCAAGGAAAAGGAAUCGCUGCUGAACGCUCUGGUGGGUCCGCGCCAGCAGGACUUUCCCGACGUGCAGCGUCACAUGGUGCCCACAUCGAUGGCCGACGAACCCACGCCGUUCUCCCGCCUGAAUAGUAUCCAGCAGCUGUACGCUGCAAAGAUCACCGCCUACAAUGAGUCGCACAUCCAGGGCACUCAGCGUCCCAAUCUGGUGACGACCUUUGCCGUGCUGGCCCAGGAAUCCUUCGACGAUCCGCUCGUGGCCGAGAUGUGGAACGUGCUGGAGUACAUGGCCGCUGUGACGCCGCUGUCGCGCAACAUCGAUCCCAUCCAGAGUCGCCAGACGGCGCCGCAGUUCAUCCAUCAGGCGCGCACCUAUCUGGAGCGCAGAUAUAAGACCUACAUGAACAAGGUGAUCGAGCAGAAUCUAGUGCUGGCCCGACGCGGUGGCAUUCCCAAUGUCUACAACCUGGUGGGCUCGUAUGUGGGCGUCACAUUCCGAAAUCCUCAAUCACUCUACGGACUGCACGACGUCAACAAUGGACGGCCGCUGUGGCCGCUGGUCUACUAUAGCCUGCGAAGCGGUGAUCUGGGCGCAGCUGUGCUCUACCUUAAGGAAUCGGGCGUCUGUCCCGAUCUGCUCAAGCUGAUGACGCUGCAGAAGAACGGCAAUACGGAGACCUUGACGGGCAAGAUCGAGGGUCAGCUCAAGCUGGAGUACAACAACAAUAAGCUGCAUGUCUGCACAGAUCCCUACAAAAAGGCGGUUUACGCCAUCGUGCUGGCCUGUGAUCCACAGGAUUCGCACGCGGAACUUAUGCGUAGCAUCGAUGACUUCCUCUGGCUGCAGCUGUCCAUUCUGCGCGGCCAGGACAAGCGCGACUAUAACAUCGAGCAGCUGACCUACAGUGGCCUGCAAUCGAUGAUCCUGGACAAGUACGGCGAGAAUUACUUCAAUGCGCGCGAAAAGACGCCGCUCUACUUCCAGGUGCUGGCCCUCACCGGUCAAUUUGAGGCCGCCAUUGAGUUUCUGGCCCGCACCGAGCAAAAUCGUCCGCACGCCGUUCACAUGGCCAUUGCCCUCAACGAGCUGUGCAUGCUGGGUGCCCCGAGUUCCGUGAAACAGCCACUCCUCAGCUCCGAACCCGACGAUCCGCCGCCGAUGAAGCGUCUCAAUCUGGUGCGGCUGAUCGUGAUGUAUGCCAAGUUCUUCGAGCAGACGGACACCGAGCAGGCGCUGCAGUACUACUACCUGCUGCGACACUUCAAGGCCGAGGACGGCAGCAAUGCCAUGCUCAGUUGUGUCUGCGAUCUGCUCGUGGAGAACUGCGAUGACCGCAUGCUGCAACUGGUCUUCGGCGAGGAGGAUGGAUCCAACUCCUUCCGCUACAAGGGCGGCAUCUUUGCCGAGUUCCAUACGAUGGACUACGACAUGUACUCGCUGGCCGGAAUGGUGGGCGAUGAGCUGUCGAAGCGCAGCAACUACGAGUCGGCCAUCAAGCUGUACUUCAUCGCCGGCCAGCUGGACAAGGCGCUGCGACUGGUGUGCUCCUUGCUGUCGCAGGUGGUGCACCAGCCAUCGCGACCGGGCAGCAUGCGGGAGCGUCUGAGGGCAGUCACCCAGCGUAUGGACGCGGCGCUGGCCGAUCGCAAAACGAACGUGGAGGCCCAUGUGAUUGUCACCUAUACGGUGUUGUCGCAGGUAAUGGAGUUUUUCGAUCUCUUUCACGCUGGCGAAUCGCGUUUGGCAUCGAAAAUACUGGCCAACAAUAGGCUGAUACCGGCCAACUCGAACGAGGUGGACGAGUGUGUCACAAACCUAAAACGCAUGGGUCCGGAGAUCAUCAAGGUGCUGCCCGACAUCCUGCUGGCGGCCAUGGACAUUGUCUAUGCGGAGUAUGUCGCUCAGCGGGGCACCAGCGGCACGGGUUCGGUCUACGGCGAUGAAACCAAGAUCGAAAACCGGGAAGCCAGCCUGCGACAUUUGCGGGGCAGAGCCAAGGCGCUGACCAACAUGGCAGCCAGUGUUCCGUACCGCAUGCCAUCGACCACCAACCAGCGGCUCGUUCAGCUGGAGAUCCUUAUGCACUAACUAGCUAACUAACACUAGCCGGAUUGAAAACACCUCAACCAGCUGAGUUUGUGUCUAAGAUUACUUCACUGAAUAAGCUGGUUGGGAUAUUUUCAAAGUUGUUGAAUUUAGAAAAACACUUUCAUGGAUACAAAUGUCUAUUUGGGGUGCCAGUGAGAAAUCUCUGGCUGCAUGAAAUAUACUUUAAAGCACUCCAAAACUUUA